AUGGACAAACUGGAGAGGAGGCUCGCUCGUCUCUGGCGCCGUAUGCGCGGCGAGAAACGGAGAGAGCGCCGGUCGAAGACGAAGGGAGAAUCCUCGCCACAGACAAACCGAGGAGAAGUCACUUCGAACAGUAACAACAAGCAGCGUCAAGAGAAUAGCAAGGAGCAGAAGGACGUCGUCGCGACGACCGUGAGACGCACGCAUUCAAAACACGAGGAGAGGGAUUUGAAUAAUUUUAAAUCGCCUAGACGUAGUCAUUCGAGAAAUGCUCACGACGGGGAUGUGAAGCCAAGUCUGAGGCGCAAUCACUCCAAGCAUGAAGAUAGAGAUGCCGGCGUGCUCGUCAGACGCAGUCAUUCUAAACACAGCGAGAAGGAUCUAGAGAACUCUCAGAACGCAAAUCACAAAGCUGAGAAGGAUCUGUCCACUAAACACGAUCCUUCCAAGCAGGAGAAGAGCGUAGCACUGAAUUCGACACAGUACCAGUCUUCUCAAGACGUAUCCCGGGCGCUGAUCAGGCUCUACGCCUUCGCUCGGCUGAAGUCGCUGCAGACGGCCAUUGUGGCCGGAGGAUCGCCGUCCUCUGGCCGUUCCAUCACAUCAAAGCAUGAUGAUUUUGAAUCGUUCAAGCCAUUGGAAAGGAACUCAUUCCUCUCAUCGCUUCCGCAGCUAUCAAUCAAUCGAUUAGAAAGCAGAGACUUUGACAAGACGUGCCUUAGUCACGAUAGUGGAUAUCUCACCGGCUCACCGCGGGACUUUUCAAGCAGCACUGAAACGCUUCGACAGUCAAAGUCUCCAAGUGUGAGAAGUCCAAGAAAACGCGAGGAAAACGAAGCGCUCGCCUACAAAAGACGUUUCCACGCCUCACAUGGUGAUAUUCUAACCACGACAGGGGCAAUCAGCUCGUCUACUCAGAAAUUGGACACAAUUGAGACUUUCCUGAGCCGAAAUGUGUACAAAUCGAAGUGUGUGACGAGUCUGUUCGAAGCCGCUUAUGCCGGCCUGGAUGCACUGAUCGACGACGUCCUGGCCGAGUUCAAUCGGUGGUUUGUCGGACGCAAAAUGCUCGUCGUAGCCAGCGAACUUCACUUCUCCGUGCCAUUAGCAAAACGCUCCAGAAAACUGGAGCAAAUAUUGAAGCAGCAAAUGCUCCGCUCACUUCUCGAAAAUAAUCGGCGAAUCUUGUAUCUUAGAGGAAGAGGUGGAGUUCUACCGUUGCAUAUGGCUGAAGCAAGAACUGAAGAAAAUAUCUACAGUGAUUUGAAACUACAAGCUGUGCAAGGUGUCUACCAACGAUGCUACUAUAAGCUACUACCGUUCGUACAUUCGGCCACUCCGACCUGGCAUGCCCCGUACUGGAAGCUGUCCGAACCACCUGUCGUGCCAAAGAAGUCCGCUUUUCAGCUCGAUGAUCACUCAAAGCUUCGCACGCACUCUUUUAUCUCCUUCAAUAUCAUCGGGCUGUCUAUUUUCGGUAUCGGUCAUCAGUCACAAGAUUUGGUCGUCACCGCUUGGAGCGUUUUCGACACCAUAAAGAACGCGUCUCGAGUGCUUCGAAUUGAGCUCGAAGAUGUUGACGACAACUUUCCGCAAUUCAACAAGGGUGCUAAGCCUGUUUUCGUGGCCUCUUACUCAUCCGGCAGUCGUUCGAAUGUAGUCAUAGGAAAAGUGUUUGCCGAGGACAAGGACGGCCAGGGCCUCAACGCUGUUCACUACUAUUUGCUGCCGAGAUGCACGACUGACUUCGACAGUUUCUCGGUCGACGAGUACUCGGGGGAGAUAGCCGUCACUGCCGUGACAGCUCGUCCAUCCCGCGCCGAGCUCUGCCUCUUUGCAAGCAAUUAUGCCGACUUGAACGUCGCUGAAGUGGAAUUCGAUGCGAAAAAUGCGAGUAUGGUCAGAGCUGCGGUGAUUUUCGAGGGGGAGCCGUCGCCCACGGCUGCUCCAGCUCCGUUCAUUCGGAAUAACACGGUGACACUCAUAGAGGAGAAUCUUCGAAAUACCCCCAUCGCAGUCACUCAGAGCAAUCUCGGUCGCGAUGUGCGGUUUGUUCUGGACCACGUUGAUUUCAAACCAGCUCAAGACUCAUCCGAAGUCCUUCGCUCCAGUACCAACUCCUUAUUCUUCGUAGAGCCAGUGUCUGGUGAUGUACGCAUGAAUCCAGCUAUUUCUGAACAACCCCAGGGGGUCUACGACGUUUUCGUUAACGUGCUUUCCGAUACCUCAAAGAAUCUUUUGGAACAAUUUGUAAAAAAAUAUCAUUAUGUGAAAGACGAGAUGAAAAUGCGUUAUGUCUUCAACAUGACCUCAGAAGAGUUUGCAAGAAGUAGAGGAGAAUUUGAAAAGAAAGCACAAGCAGCGCUGAAAAAGGACCAUCCUGAAGGAAGUAUGGAACUAUUCUUCUCGCAACCAAAAAAAGAUAAACGAAGCUCUGGCUGGACCUCUGUUUGCUUCCACGCCACUAUGAAUUCACAAGUGCUCGGGGAGCGUGCCAUUAUGUCCGCUAUAUCACAGUCGUCAGUCGAAAAUGGCCAGUUGUCAGGUCUUUAUCAUGUUUACAGAGUUAUCAAUAUUGAGCGCUGUGAAUCCACGUCACCCCAGAUCCGUCAUUCUGCCCUGGCUCUCCCAGCGCAGGUGGUAAUUCUAGUCGCCGGUGUAGCCAUCCUUAUUCUAAUCCUUAUCACACUUUUUACUUAUAUCUGCUUUGUUAGACGCUAUAAGGAGCAUCUUUGCGCCAAACAGAAACAAUUCAAAGAUGCAGAUAACUUAUGUACCUUUGAUCCAUCGCCCACUUUCAUCCUUCCACCUGCUCCACCCCAAUUCGGAUACUACUGAAAGCCCAAGCAAUCAAACAACUGUUGCAAAAACUAAAAUUUACCUAACUUAUUGCAAUCAAUAAUAAAUCAUAUUGCCGAU